UAAACCGAAAACAUAUUUUGAAAUUAAUCAAAUUUAUUUUCUAAAUAAUGAAUUUUACUCAACAAAUAACUAUAAUUUUUAUAAUAAUUUUCAUUUUAACAUUUACAUCAAUUACAAUUCAAGCGAGAUGUUUGAAUAUCUCCCAGACUGAUGCAGGUAUUUGUGAAGUCUCUAAAAAUUUCUCUGAAAUGGAUGAGAAUAUUUUAAAUGAUAUUAAAACUACAACUAUAUCGCAAAAAUCUACAAAAACAAUUAAAGAUAGUGAUACAAACAAUAUCGAGAAUUGCUCUUCUUCAGCAUAUAAUUUGCAGGAUAAAUUAAUUAGCUUGGCCAUUGAAAAUCUGUUGGAUUUUCAUAGAUUAAACAGGCACAUUAAUCAAUUUCCUAAUGAAAUAAUAGCGAGAGAAAAAAGAGGACAUAGUACCACACAUACUAAGGAUGAGAAGGAUAGAAUAAAGAAACGAUCUAUUAGAGAAUCAAAAGAUCAUACUUUCAAAAAGCAUAAAAAAUCGAAACGUCAUCAUUCUUAUAAGAAGCAUCGCAAAUCGUUUUAAUAUUAAUAUUUUUUCUUCUAAUUUAUUUUAUGUCAUAUAUUUUUCAAAAUAAUAUUUUAAUUAAAAUGAUUUGUCAGUGAA